AUGGUUCGCCUCAAGAAAGCACUCAAGGACCAGCCUCUCAACUAUUUUCCACCUUCACCAUUACAGAAGAGAAUUAUGAGAAGGCAUGGGACCACAGCACAGGCUCUCUUCAAUAGGGUCCUCAGUCUUCCCAAAAUCACCAAGGCGAACGCAGAAAAUCUCAACUCGAACGCAGCAGCCACUCUUGAGACGUUCGAUCAGCUCAUCGCCACAGGGCUUCCAAAAGAUCAGAUAUUGGAACAGAAGCUGGUCCAUUUAUUGAGAAGAUCGCUAGCCACAGAGACCCUCAGAGCAUGGGAACUCAAGGUAAGAGACUCAAAGGAUUUCCCGUCACUCAAGGAAUUCACCAACUUCGUGGGGUCGUGCGCACGCGGAAUCAAUACAGGAGAACGACUCUAUCCAAAGUCAGCAUCUCCUCACGGAACACGAACGGUUCUCACCGCCUCAACUCAACCAGGAGAUCAUCGAGAAGUAACCAAGCCCAGUAACAACUGCGCUUAUUGCAAGGGGUCGCAUUUCAUUGCGAAUUGUGAUAAAUUUACAGCCCUGUCCCCAACCAAGAGAAACGACUUGGUCUCCACCACCAAACUGUGCUUUAACUGUCUAGGGCCACACAUAUUCUCACGGUGCAAGACUCAGAAGGCGUGCUUCACUUGCAAACGCAGGCAUCACAUACUCAUCCACGGAGGCAGCCCACACACAUCGGGAGAGGUUCAACCUAACGAGCCAGUGGCCUCCACCUCAAAGGCAGACAGCGCACCUCCAAAGAAGGAGUCGACAGAUUGGAAGAUCUUAUUGAUCGCACUUAAUUCAACGGACUCUAGACGUACAUCACCAAAGACCACGCUCAAUACAGCAACAAUCAGUGAGGCAGAAGAGAAACAUGAUCAGAAGAUACUCAACAAUCAGCGGAGUCACCAACCAAAAGACACUCACCAAUGUGUGUUGCUAGCCACAGCCCAAGCAAGGAUUCAAUCUCCAAGAGGCUUCACACUGAAUAUAAGAAAGUUCCUCGAUCAAGGAUCAGAGCUGUCCUUCAUCUCCGAGGAACUAGUAAAAUCACUCUACCUCUCAAUAAGGUCAUCAUCAAUUAAGCUCAUCGGAAUCGCAGAGACGAACGCAGGACGCACGAGAGAAGUAGCUUCAAUUACACUCUACGCACUCGACGGGUCAGAACAAGUUGACCUUGAAGCUCACGUCCUCAAGAAACUCACCGUGAAGCUACCAUUCUUCUCUUGCAAAUCACCAAGGAUCGACCCACUCGAAGGUCUUCAACUGGCCGAUCCAGACUAUCUCAAACCUGGGCCAAUAGACAUCAUAUUAGGAGCUGACACAUAUGGGCGGAUCCUCAAGCAGAGAGUAGUCAGCUCCAGCAACACUCAAUUAGUUGGCCAACAAAACGUAUUCAGAUGGAUCCUAUCCGGACCAGUCGAAUGCAAAGAUUGUUCACCAAGGAUUUCGUUAUCGGUCGUAAAGGAAUCCACCAACGAACAACUACUAGAGCUUCUCCAACGAUUUUGGACCCAGGAAGAAUUACCAACAACGCAGAACUCAGAGCUAUUACCAGAUGAACUCCAGUGUGAGACAAUAUUUAAGUCCACACACUCAAGAGACAAGACCGGGCGCUAUACAGUUAGACUCGCUCUAAGGACAUCAGCAGAAGCACUCGGCGACUCAAAGCUCAAAGCCUCAAAGCAACUACAAGACUUCAUCAAUGAGUAUGAGGCAUUAGGACACAUGAGGAGAGCACCAAUAGAAGGAGAACACUCCACAGCAUACUAUCUACUGCAUCACGGGGUUCUACGAGAAGCCGUACUCACUACAAAAUUGAGAGUAGCCUUCAACUGCUCAAGCAAGACCUCAUCAGAAAUAUCCCUCAACGACAUCCUCUAUUCUGGUGGGAAACUCCAAGCAGACACGAUGAACGUCUUGACAUGGCUGAGAAAGAACAAAUUAGUCUUUGGAACAGACAUAGUCAAGAUGUUUCAGCAGAUAAACGUACAUAAGGAUCAGAGGAAUCUACAGAGAUACUAUGGCACGACUCACAACAACAGCUCAUCACUUACGAGCUCACCACAGUCACAGGACGAAAGCCAUCGAUAUCCUGCGGCAGUGGAGACACUCACCAAAGGCAGAUAUGUCGAUGACAUUUAUGGUGGAGCGGAAACCGCAGAAGAACUCAGAGAAAUCGCCUGGCAGCUAAGUGGUCUUGGCCAAACAGGCGGGUUUCCACUCCAGAAGUGGAGCAGUAACUGCCCACAAGCUUUGGAGACAUUAGGAAUAGCAUCUACUCAAUCGAUAAUGCAAUUCCAAGAGCGUAUCACCAAAGUACUUGGUUUGUAUUGGCAUCAAAUAAGUGAUACAUUCCAAUACAAAUCAAAAGAGUUUGAUUCCGCAGUGUUCACGAAGAGGACAACGCUAUCAGGAAUAGCUCAACUCGUCGAUCCAUGGGGACUCAUCGCACCAUUAAAACUCAACUGGGAUGAACCUCUACCAGAAGCCUAUCAACGGCAAUGGAAAGAAUUCAGACUCAAUGUCAAUACGCUGAAUCAAAUCUCAGUACCGAGAUGGUUGAGAAUCUCAUCCAAGACGAAGAGAAUCCAAAUCCAUGGAUUCGCAGACGCCUCUACCGCAGGAAUGGGUACAGUAGUGUACAUCAGGACAGAGAACCUCAAUGAGCCUACCUCAACAAUACUGGUGUGUGCAAAAACAAAAGUGGCUCCUAUCAAGCGCAUGACCAUUCCUCGUCUCGAACUCAACGCAGCUGUCUUGCUUACGAAGUUAGUGGUCAUCACCAAAAAAAUGCUCGACCUCAGGGAAGUAGAAACUCACUUAUGGACAGACUCUAUGGUAACCCUGGCAUGGAUUAACGGACACCCCGCAAGAUGGAAAGACUACGUCCAAAACCGAGUUAUAAAAAUCCAGGAGUCACUUCCAGAUGCAAACUGGGGACACGUCAGAGGCAAGGAGAAUCCAGCCGACUGUGCUUCAAGAGGAAUAGCCCCUCAAGAAUUAGCUGUACAUCUCCUAUGGUGGACCGGACCUGAAUGGAUCAAUCAGGAUUUCCAGGAAUGGCCUUCCUCAAUAGAAAACCUCCCAGCAGUAGCAGCAACUGAAGCACGACCAUCACCGUCCUAUCCAGUGGCCAUGAAAAUCAAUGCCUUAGCCGAACUACUCACCAGGUACUCUAGAAUGGAAAAGCUACUCCAAGUAACAGCCACACUAAACAGAGUAAUCGAACGAUUCAGAAGACAGCCAGUUCCCCAGACACCCGUCCUCACUAUCAGAGAACUCACUGAGGCCAGGACAUUCUGGGCAAAAAUAACUGAAACUCAAUAUUUUGCUGAUGUUUAUAGGCUGCUCGCGAGAAACGCUCAACUACAACGGAGUCAUCCUCUGGCAAAGUUGAUGCCUACUCUAGACGACCACGGAAUUAUCUGA